CAUCGAUAUCUCCAUCGGCAGCCUGCGCGGGCUGCGCACCAAGUGCGCGGUGUCCAACGACCUCACCCAGCAGGAGAUCCGGACCCUGGAGGCAAAGCUGGUCCGGUAUAUUUGCAAGCAGCGGCAGUGCAAGCUGAGUGUGGCUCCUGGUGAGAGGACCCCAGAGCUCAACAGCUACCCUCGCUUCAGUGACUGGCUGUACACCUUCAAUGUGAGGCCGGAGGUGGUGCAGGAGAUCCUCCGAGAGCUCACGCUGGAUGCCCUGCUGGACAUGAACGAGGCCAAGGUGAAGGAGACGCUGCGGCGCUGUGGGGCCAGCGCGGAGGAGUGCGGCCGCCUGCAGUACGCCCUCACCUGCCUGCGGAAGGUGACAGGCCUGGGAAGGGAACACAAAGAGGACUCAGGCUGGAGUUCAUUGGAUGCCCGGCGGGAAAGUGGCUCAGGGCCUUCCACGGACACCCUCUCACCAGCCAGCCUGCCCUGGCACCCAGGGAGCUCCCAGCUGGGCAGGAUGAGUAGCAGUGGCCAGGGCCCACGCUCCGUCUCUGUGUCAGCUCUGCCCACCUCGGACUUCCCAACCCCUGGCCCCAGCGAGGGCCUCUCGGACACCUGUAUCCCCCUGCACGCCAGUGGCCGGCUGACACCCCGUGCCCUGCACAGCUUCAUCACCCCCCCAACCACGCCCCAGCUGCGACGGCACACCAAGCUGAAGCCGCCAAGGACACCACCCCCACCCAGCCGCAAGGUCUUUCAGCUGCUGCCCAGCUUCCCCACGCUCACCCGGAGCAAGUCCCACGAGUCUCAGCUGGGGAACCGCAUUGACGAGGUCUCCCCAAUGAGGUUUGAUCUCCCACACGGAUCCCCGCAGAUGGUACGGAGGGACAUCGGGCUCUCAGUGACACACAGGUUCUCCACGAAGUCCUGGCUGUCGCAGGUCUGCCACGUGUGUCAGAAGAGCAUGAUGUUUGGAGUGAAGUGCAAGCAUUGCAGGUUGAAGUGUCAUAACAAGUGCACAAAAGAAGCCCCCGCCUGUAGAAUAUCCUUCCUUCCAAUAGCUAGGAUUCGGAGGACAGAGUCUGUCCCUUCGGACAUCAACAACCCGGUGGACAGAGCAGCCGAGCCCCAUUUCGGAACCCUCCCCAAAGCACUGACAAAGAAGGAGCACCCGCCAGCCAUGAACCACCUGGACUCCAGCAGUAACCCGUCCUCCACUACAUCUUCCACGCCCUCCUCGCCAGCUCCCUUCCCAACGUCGUCCAACCCAUCCAGCGCCACCACGCCCCCCAACCCCUCGCCCGGCCAGCGGGAUAGCAGGUUCAACUUCCCAGAUAUUUCAGCAUUUCCACCGGCAGCCCCGUUCCCCGAUGCAGCGGACAGUACCCGGCUUGAUGACCAGCCGAGAGCAGACGCCUCGGAGGAUCGUGAAGUGGAGGCCGAGGAGCCGGAGGCUGGCAAGUCCGACGAGGCCGAAGACGACGAGGAUGAGGUGGACGACCUGCCGAGCGCCCGCCGCGCCUGGCGGGGCCCCAUCUCUCGCAAGGCCAGCCAGACCAGCGUGUACCUGCAGGAGUGGGACAUCCCCUUCGAGCAGGUGGAGCUGGGCGAGCCCAUCGGGCAGGGCCGCUGGGGCCGCGUGCACCGGGGCCGCUGGCACGGCGAGGUGGCCAUCCGCCUGCUGGAGAUGGACGGCCACAACCAGGACCACCUGAAGCUGUUCAAGAAGGAGGUGAUGAACUACCGGCAGACCCGGCAUGAGAACGUGGUGCUCUUCAUGGGGGCCUGCAUGAACCCGCCCCACCUGGCUAUCAUCACCAGCUUUUGCAAGGGGCGGACGUUACACUCGUUUGUGAGGGACCCCAAGACAUCGCUGGACAUCAACAAGACCAGGCAGAUCGCUCAGGAGAUCAUCAAGGGCAUGGGCUAUCUGCAUGCCAAGGGCAUCGUGCACAAAGAUCUCAAAUCCAAGAAUGUCUUCUACGACAAUGGCAAAGUGGUCAUCACGGACUUCGGACUGUUCGGGAUGUCUGGCGUGGUCCGAGAGGGACGGCGUGAGAACCAGCUGAAGCUGUCACACGACUGGCUGUGCUACUUGGCUCCUGAGAUCGUCCGCGAGAUGACCCCUGGGAAAGAAGAGGAUCAGCUGCCAUUCUCCAAAGCUGCUGACGUCUAUGCGUUUGGGACCGUUUGGUAUGAGCUGCAAGCAAGAGACUGGCCCUUUAAGAACCAAGCCGCAGAGGCCUUGAUCUGGCAGAUCGGAAGUGGAGAGGGAAUGAAGCGUGUCCUGGCCUCCGUCAGCCUGGGGAAGGAAGUCACCGAGAUCCUGUCUGCCUGCUGGGCUUUCGACCUGCAGGAGAGGCCCAGCUUCACCCUGCUGAUGGACAUGCUAGAGAAACUGCCCAAGCUGAACCGGCGGCUCUCCCAUCCCGGGCACUUCUGGAAGUCUGCUGACAUUAACAGCAGCAAAGUUGUACCCCGGUUUGAAAGGUUUGGCUUGGGAGUCCUGGAGUCCAGUAAUCCAAAGAUGUAGCCAGCCGCGCAGUUUUCCUGCCGAUUUCCUCCUUUCUUAAAUGUGUUUCUAAAACAUCCAAACACCACAACAAAAAGCAGCACUCGUCGGAUCGUCAGCCACGCUCCUGUGCGCCCCAAGCCAGGAGCGUGAGUCCCCAGUUCAGACUGUUCACAGAAACGCUUGGGUCUCGGAGAUGGAGACGCACCUGCUGUUUCUUAAAGUGACAUCACCAACCAAACCUGUCCCAACGGGCGGCAAAUGUUUACAUGUAUGUUUCUGCGGAGUGAGCUCAAUGUUUUACAAUAGGUAAUAAUAAAAACGGGCUGUGCAGAGGCGCCCCGGCACACUCCGCUCGGACAGCGGAGGUGGCGUCCCCUCUGGAGAGCCCCGAAGGCAGUGAGCCUACGCUGGGCCAGAAGGAAGAAAAGCCUCGUGGUUGUGGAUGUUCUCAGGGUAGGACGGGGGGACCACAGAUUUGACCUGGCCUCUGCUUUAGCCCUAAGCCCUGUCAGCGGGGAAGCUCCCUCUGUAGGGUCUCCCCUUGUCCCAACAGGAGAACACUGUCCCUUCCUCCUCCUGCAGAGGGAACCCUGGCUAGGAACCGAGCUGGAUUAGGAGGGUUGAAGGUUGCCAGUUCCCAAAGAUCUGGGUUCACCUCUGACCCUGCAGUUCAUCCCAUACCAGCCAGAGACAGAUAAAAUCCAAGUAACAUCUGCACUGCUCCAGUGGUUCCUGACCAGGGUUUCCACCUUCUGUGGAGAUGUUUCCUUCAUGAAGCCCCCAAGGAGGCACCCAGGAGAUGGGACUCGAGGCCAGUCCCUGACCGACAUCUGACCCCAGAGCUAAGGCUGUGUACACCACGGAGGCUCCGUGAGAACAAGGAAGGUGCGGAGGAGAGAGUAGCAGCAGUGGAUCCCUGAACCCACUCUCCCAGCCACAGGGUGCCCUGGCCCGACCUUAGGAACCCAUCGGUCAUCCCAAGGUUCUGGGACUGCCUGUCUCCCACUCCCCCAGUCCUGUUGAAACCCCUCAGCCCCCUCCUUGCUCUUCUGCUGUCCAUGUCCAGGGCUAAGAUGGGAGGCAUGUGGCCCCCCUUUCAUUUAGAGCCACCCAGCAAGCCCCCCUCCUCGUGUCCAGAGCCUUCCCCAGCACUAAGGCCUCCAUUUGAACCAGAAGGAAGGGCCAGAUUUGGGAAAGCCAGCGAGGGGAGAGCGUCCUGCCGGUCUUCAUUUGAAGCUGCCGCCUAAAGAGAAAAGUUCCAAGUGGCAAAGAAGCCCUUCAGCGGGUGUUAUGUGCUAUUGGGGCUCCAAAGCCAAAAAUGACCAAGUGGGAUAGGAGUGGCCAUGUGGUUGGAUUCAGACCCAGAACCUGUGUCCAUGCUCUGAGCCAAGAUGGGGGGGCAUGUGGUCCCCCCACCCCUUUCAUUCAGAUGCACCUAGCAAAGCUCCCGACCUUCAGAGCCCUCCCCAGCCUGGCCAGAAUGUCAUGUGAAACAGGCGUCUGCCCGGAAGCUGCAGCUGUG